GCAGGUAAAGCCAGCUGCAAAGCUUCAAGCCACUGCCUCCUCGCAGUUCCUCUUUCAGCUGCAAGAAGCUCUUAGCUCAGGGAUUGUUGACAACUACUUUUUUUAACAUGGAGAAUGAGGAAGAGGAAGAUGACAUCUUUGCAACCAUGCAGGGAGGAUAUGAAGGGCAGGAGAAUGUGGAGGAACAGGAGGAAGAGGAAGAGGAAGAAGAAGAGGAGCCAGAGGCUGGGAGGAAGAGCAGUUGGGAUAUCCCGAUUCCAAGUCAGUCGCUGGCCAGCCGCAGAGCUUCACUUCCUUGCCCAGCUCAGCUGAAUGCAAUGCAUUUAAGUCGUCUGCAUGCUGCCACCAUGGCCCCUAGCCCAGCUUACCUGAGUGGUAAAGCGAGGCCAUGCUCUCGAUCUAGUCAUGGUGGUAAUGGUGAGGAGAGAGCGCAUGCCAAAGGCAGAGCUUCUGAAAGACGACCAUCUGCCAUCCCCACCAUUCCUGAGGUCCGCGAGCCCAUGGAGAGAAAAGCUAGAUUUAGGAGCCGAAAUGUCAUGUCUCUGAGUGAUGCUUACAGUAUGUGUUUGAUCUGCCAUGAAGACCUACACAAAAGAGGCGGGGCUAUCAGAGAGCUUCACUGUUCCCACAGCUUUCACAGUGAGUGCAUAGAGGAGUGGCUGUGGACCACGCAGACCUGUCCUACAUGUCGAAAGCAUGUUGCCAUGCCGGAGCCCCUCUACUGGACAUCUACCAGAGUAAUAGUGCCCUGAGUUCUCCAAGCACCCAUUCAAACCAUCCGCUUUUUUAUGGGAUGUAUAGCAAAGAUCUUCUGUCUCCAAAAGUUUGGAUAUGAGUCGGACAAUGGAUUUAAAAGGAACAGCUGUCGUUCAUAUUACACUGUUCUGUUGCAAUCUAGCAUUAUUCCUCUAACAUGACAAGAAAGACCCAUUUUCAGAGACUCUUAAUUUCUAAAUCUGUUGUGCUUCAAAAUGGUAGUAGAAAUGUGCUUUUAAAAUGUUGGCAAAGGGGAGAUUGUGUAUAUCAGGAGAAACAUCACAUUAGGCUUAUUUUUCUCACUUAUUGCAUGAAAAGCUUUUUUUAUUAUUUGUAUUAUUAUUAUUGUAUUUACAUAUUAAGACAAGGAAUGUCUCAUUUUCUACCUUGUAUAUUUUUUUCUGGAGACACAUUUAUAAGCUGUAUAAUGCAAAUGUAAAAUGUACCUUACUUUAUUAGGUUUAUCUGGAAUAUUUUAGAGUUGUAUAUUAUUAUUGUAUAAAACGUCUAUUUUACAAUGAAACUAAUGUAUCAUCAAUCCAUCAACAAAAGUGUAAGUGUAUAUUCAUACAUUGUCUACACACAUGUUUAAGAGUCUAGUGUAAAUGUAAUACAGCACGAGAUCAUGUUUGGUCUAAACAA